AUGGGUAGGCAGGCUGCUGUUCGCAACCUGGAAGUCGACACGCCAGCCCAGCAGCCGAGGCAGAUUCGACCGUUGCCGAUUCCCCCAUGGCUCAUGCUCCUCGAAGCCGCCCUAUGCGGCAUCUCGGCCGGCCUCUUCCGAAUAAUUGAGGCCGUAAUCGCCAUCGCCUCCCUCAAGCCGUGGAACAAGGGUAAGGCGCUGGGGUACUGGCUGAUAUACCGCCUCUGUGGCCUGAUCCUCGGCGGUGUGAUCAACCUUGGCCUCAAAACGGAUAACAACCAGGCAGAAAGGGUGUCUUACGCCGUCUCUACCACCAUCCAGGCCGCAGGCAUUGAAGAGCGCUGA